UUCAAGUUUUGCUUCUAUCCAUUAUUUUUUCUGUUAUCUAAGGAGAACCUUUCUGAGCCUAACUUACGACACACAUGCAGAUUGGCAUCUGAAGAAUUGGAACCUGUCAAGGGCCUUGACAAGUUGUGCAAAUGGAUUGAAAAGCAAGGCUUGAGACGGGCCGCAGUGACAAAUUCUCCACGAGCAAGUGGGGAGCUAAUGAUAUCAUCAUUAGGGCUCACAGACUUCUUUGAAAUUCUCGUUAUUGGAAAUGAAUGUGAUCGAGCAAAACCAUUUCCAGACCCUUAUUUGAAGGCUCUUGAAACACUUGAAGUGUCACAUGAGCAUACUUUUAUCUUUGAGGAUUCCGUUUCAGGAACGACAGCUGGAGUAGCAGCUGGAAUGCCAGUUGUUGGUAUAGCUACAAGGAAUCCUGGGACGUCAUUGAUUAACGCUGGAGUCUCCUUCGUUAUUAAAGAUUUUGAGGACACGAAAUUGUGGGAAGCACUGGAAAAGUUGGAGAAGAAGCCCGAGGCAACGGCAGAGGCAACACCAGAGGCAAUAACAGUUGCAAUUGCAACUCCAACUCCCAGUAAUAUAUAACCUUAUAUAUAUUAUGAUUCUGUUCUGGUACGCUAUUCAGGCAUUCGGACAUCUCAAUCUUGUUGUUGUAUACGAGUAAAAGCUUAUUAGCAAGCACAGUUGUCAAAUGACUCUUCUUUUGACGACUCGUGAAUAAAAGCAACGUGAUAGUAUUUCUUUUUUUU